CGGGACUAAAACAAUCAAAUGUUCGUACUCGCCUCGAAGUUCCAUCAUACAGAGAAAUGAGUUUUUACGGACAGGGCUACCCAGGAGCAGGGAGUAACAUACCCCGACAGCAUCCUCCUCCAGGGAACCCCUAUGGAGGUGGUGCACCCCCAGGUGGUCCUGUAGGUGGGCCAUAUGGGGGUUCGGCUCCACCUGGGGGUCCACAGUAUGGUGGUGUACCUGGAGGACAGUACGGAGGACAUUAUGGUGGUUAUGGUGGAGGUCCCGGGGCCCCUGGUGCUCCUUAUGGAGGACAGCAAGCUCCAGGAGCCCCUUACGGAGGAUAUGGGCAGACUCAGGGUGGACCAUAUGGCCAGCAUAUUCCUGGAGGUAACAUCCCACCAGGGGUUAACCCCGAGGCAUAUCAGUGGUUUCAGACUGUUGACUCCGAUCGCAGUGGCUACAUCAACCUGAAGGAGCUAAAGCAGGCCCUGCUCAACUCCAACAACUCAGCAUUCAAGGAUGAAACCUGCAUGAUGAUGAUCAAUAUGUUCGACAAGACCAAAACCGGACGCAUUGACGUGUUCGGCUUCUCGGCUCUCUUGUUGUUUUUGCAGCAGUGGAGGGCAAUAUUUCACCAGUUUGACCGUGACCGCUCAGGUUCCAUCAACAGCAAUGAGUUGCAUCAAGCACUCUCUCAGCUGGGUUAUAACCUGAGCCCGCAGUUCAUUCAGAGCCUGGUGAGCCGUUACUGCGUCCGUGGCAUGAGUAAUGCCCUCCAACUCGAUUCCUUUAUCCAGGUGUGCACUCAACUGCAAAGCAUGACCCAGGCCUUCCGUGAGAAGGACACCGGAAUGACCGGCAGCGUACGCAUGAGCUAUGAGGACUUUCUCUCCUGCACCAUCACACGACUCAUGUGAAGAUUUACAUUUCAUCAGAAGCCAGUUUGAUCCUUUCACUGGUAAAGGAUGACUGCUUUUCCAUGCCAAAGACCAUGGGGCACUCCGGAUGUUCCCUCCUAACUGUGCCUUUCAUUGCAAUGUACCUCUUCCUUUGCCCUAAAUGCUCUGUACACAUGCACUUUUACUGCUUGCUUUACUUAUUUGUUUCCAGUUUAAAGUGCAAGUUGAAGAAACAGCUGACAAGUAGUGUUUAGUUACAGGUGCCAUAACUGUGUAUGUAAUGCCUAAAAAAAAAGUAGUUUGGAGGAGAACUAGCUCACUCAGGGAGUGAAAUUGCAUUAUUAAAUCUGCUCCAAAUCA